AUGACGACCCCUGAAGAACCGCACACGCGACAGUACAGUCACAUCAACGGUACUGUCGCCGACCUUCACGACCGUCUUGUUGUAUCUGAGCUCUGCAAAGGCUGGCCAGUCUACCGCGAUGCUUCGGAAUGGAUGAACUUUCGAUCUCUCUUUGCAGAUGAUGCCACCGUCUGGACAACAUGGUCUGGCCCUCGGAAGAUCGACGACUUUAUAUCCAUCUCGAAAGCCGGCAAGGCUGCCGGUGCCUUCAUCCAGCACCGCGAGUGUGGCACUCUUGUCGAGCUCAACCGCGAAGCAGGCCGCGCCCUGGGCAAGAUGAAGGCGACCAUCACUCAGCGCUUCACCUCUGUGGACGGUGGACAUGCGUUUGAUGUCGACUGCGAUUGUCGCUUCUUGUUCUUCUGCGAGGCACAACCCGUCGUUGAUAUCAGCCAGCCCCAUACAAAAGCUGACGCACCGAACGGCAAGGUGUUUGAGGGUGGGAUGAAGUCCAGCACAGGCGAGGCAGCUUCCGACGACCAACAAUCUGAUGGUGCUGAGGCAACCACGAGCUCAGAAACUAUGGAACGUCGAAGCGCUGUCGAUCAGGAACCAAAUGCCACAGGUGCCACAAACGGCAACUUUCAGCACCAGCACCAGCACCAUGCUCAGACGGCUUGGAAAGUCCGCUUCGUCAAGCUUGUGUACGAGAAGGAUCGCGUGGUGCCCGUCGACGGCCGCUCGACCCCCACGCGUCUCUAG